GUAAACGGUACGCUCUCUCUUCUAUCCCAGGCACUACGUCGUCCGAGUGUCCUUUCUCAAGUGCUGGUCUACAUUCAUUACGCCAUUCCUCCCUAGACUGCACUUCCAAGGUUCCUGCAUCAUGAAAUCAAUCUUCCAGCUUCUGUCAACAGUCAGUCUCUUGAAGGUUGGAGUAAUCGAAGCAGACAGCAACAAUACUAGUACCUGGCCGGACCCAGAGCCUUGCAGUGGGAAUUGUUCUGCCAUUCACGAUCCCUCCGUGGUCCGACGUGCAGAUGGGACUUGGUUUCGGUUCUCAACAAAUGGCAAUAUUGCCAUAGCCUCGGCUCCCAACUUGACUGGGCCGUGGGAGUAUCAGGGCGCCAUGUUGCCCAACGGCAGUGAGAUCCAGGUCAUUGAGAACCAGGAGAUCUGGGCACCUGACGUGUUCCUCGUCGACGACACAUAUUAUGCAUACUACGCAGUCUCACUCGUCGGCCUGCAAACUUCGGACAUUGGCCUCGCUACAUCCGACACUCUCGAAGCAGGAACCUGGACAGACCAGGGCAGUCUAGGCUUGCCCAAGAGCAACUCGUACAACUUGAUCGACCCGAACCUGUUCCGCGAGUCGUCGACCGCACCCUUCUUCAUGUCUUUCGGUUCCGCGUGGAAUGGCAUCUACCAAACUCAACUGUCGUCUCCACCAGAUUCUGAAUCCGACUCCAAUGGCACCAGCCCGAAUAACAUCGCCUACAACUCCACCCAUCCGGUCAAUGGAUCUGGUCCGGCCAUCGUCGAGGGUAGUUUCCAGUUUUGGUGGCUUCAGGGGGGAACCAAGUACUACUAUCUCUUCUUCUCGAGUGGCGCGUGCUGCAACCUACCGGGCAAUCUCGCCGCGCCUGGCGACGAGUAUAAAAUCAUGGUGUGUCGUGCGACUAGUCCAACUGGCCCCUUCAGUGACCAGGCCGGCAAGAGCUGUCUCGAUGGCAAUGGAGGCACGCUGGUGCUGGGGAGCCAUGGCGAGAACGUGUAUGCUCCCGGUGGACAAGGUGUGAUUUUCGACGAAGAUGCUGGCAGGAUCGCCCUUUACUAUCAUUACGUCAAUCCGCAGAUAGGAUACGCGUUCAACGACUUCCAGUUCGGUUUCAACUAUUUGGACUUGAGCAGUGGCUGGCCUGUUGUCGUUAGCUGACGAGAACGAGCGGCGUGUAUGGGACGGGGAAUGACUCACCACCUACCUCGAAUCAGCCUUUGAAAUGCGGACAAUUUUUGAACAGACUCGAGUUCUACACGAU